AACAUGGGGAUUAAAUUAGAAUAAAGCAAUAAAUGAAGCGGCGAAACCGCUAUCUUACUGAACUUUUUUGCUCUCCCGUCUGUUCACUUUCCAUCUGUUUACAAAGAACCGAAGUGUUGAGUGAGAUAGGAUUCCAAACCCUUUUGGACCGAAAACCAUGGCUUCUCCAUCUUCCAAAAAACCAAAGAAUAGAGUUGAAGAAGAAGAAACCCUGGAUGAUCGUAUCAGUCAGUUGCCAGACUCACUCCUUAUACAAAUUCUGUCUCUUUUGUGGACCAAAGAUACUGUCUCAUCAUGUGUUCUCUCAAAGAGUUGUUGUGAAUUUCAUCAAGUUUUCAGAAACCUUGUUCUGGACUAUCUUCAAAAGUUGACUUACGCAACUGAACUAAUAAUUGGAAAUUGGUUUGCAAAGGUUGUGUUCGUGUUGCAACUCGAAAGAGUACCACUUCCACAGUUGAGAUGCAAAUGUCUAACAGUGGAGAUACAUACCAAGUAUACUUCUUAUGGAGUCACUAGCCUUUUGCGGACCUCGCCUUGUUUGGAGACGCUGAACAUAGACAUGGGAGAUUGGUUUCUUGAUGUCCACUGCCAACUUGAGCGAAGCUAUUUGGCCAAAGGAGAUAAUAUCAAUCUGCAAAGUUGGAUGUCAAAAAUUGUGUUUCCCAAUCUCAAGAAUGUGAAUAUCUGCUGCACAAUAAAGUGUGUGAAGGGGCGGUUUGAAGGGGACAAUGACAAGCUUUUCGAACUUUCAGUGUUUCUACUAAAGUAUGCAAUGGCUUUGAAGAAGUUCGUUAUGGUAUCAAAGACGAGAAUCUGCAGGAUAUGUUCAGAGAACUGUGCGUCUCAAUAUUUAUCACAAUUGACUAAGCAAUUGUUAGACAACCCAAAAUCAUCUAGGAAUGUCAUGAUUACUUUCCAGGAGUUUCUUGCGUGACUAGACUGGAGGUGCUUUUGUUUUGGCAUACUAGAAAUGUCAGCUUAUAUUUUAGCCUCUAAUUUACUGCAGAUGCAAUUUUGAACUUGUGGCAUACCAAAUGUAAUGGAUUGCUUGGUUUCU